AGCAGUACGAUAUGCACUUAACGUCUGUACUCCCUUUACUCUAUUUAUGCAUUUUUGUUAAUUACACGCUCCAAAUAAGAUUUACAAGGAAAAUCAAAGCGAUCGGAUUUCCUUACUAUAAAAUCUUAAUGACUUUAGGGUCUUGUAAAAAUAGUAUACUUUACAAAGAAGAAAAAAUUUGGCCAACAGUAAGGUUAAACAGAGUAAUGGAUAUUUAUUACCGAAGCAGUAAUAAUGAUAUAAAAGUAUCGCAAGUGGAUAUAUUUCUAAUAAUAAACAACACGGACUGCGUGGCCUUCUCGACCUCUGGGGUGGGAUCUCCAGAAUUUACGGCAACUAUGUUCUACGCAACAAACAUGGGCCCAACUUAUUAUAGGUUAACAAUUUUUACAUGCGACUACAACGUCACAGUGGAAACAUUAGAAACGACUAAGUACUGAUCA